GUUAACUUAUAUUUAUGUAUACACUUGGUAAAUUUUAUUUUAAAUAAACAAUGUUUUUCUAAUUUUCUGCCGAUUUAUAGUAUGAUCGACGAAAAAUAUAUAUGUACUAGGUCGACCGGUCUUAUCUUAUUCUUUUAAUUAGACUUGUUAAGAUCUUUGUGUUAUACACUGAUAUUGUGUAUGUCGUUAACUGUAUUACUAAAAUAAAUAAUCAUAGUGUGCUCAGUUUUAGUUUGUUCUGUUCAAUUUUUACUCCGAAUGUCAUGUCUAACGAUACCAGUUUUGAUGAAUAAGAAACGUAUUCCGACAGAAAACUUUUUUCUGAAAUGCUAGAGCUAAAAUAAACAAUAAAGAAAAGUUGAAAAUUCCAAUGCAAUAGAACAAGAGAUCCUAUUAGAAAUGCAGCAUUUGCGAGUCAGAGAAAAUGCUGAUCGCCUUGCAAUCAGAUUGAAAUUGUCCGGCUAGAGUGACAGCUUUGCUUUUGAACUUUUAUUGUAGGCCUGUUAUUCAAAUUUUAGUAUUUUAUUAAGCUAGAUAUGUAUAUAUAUAUAUAUUUAUGUACAAUUUUAACAUGGCAUCACACUUACUAAUAUCAUAUUUACUACUAGACGUUAACAACUUAUCAAUCAAUCAAAUCUGAUUAAGAGGUAUUAUUUUACUUUUAUGAUUUUAAAAGAUCUGAAAUCCAGACUCAGUUACUACCUAUAGCUUCAACAUAAUGCCUGGAAUAAAAGUCCAUACCAACAUAAAAGAAGUUGACUUACCAGAUGAUUUUGAGGAUAAAAUUGCAGAAAAAGCCAGUGAAGUUCUUAAGGCACCAUUAGAGUUGAUUUACAUAUUAGUCUCCCCUGGAAAUAGAAUGUUGAACAAUGGAAGAAAAACUCCAAUGAUAUUUGUUGAUAUAUCAUCCAUUUUUAAAGAAAAAGUCUACGAUGAUUUCAACAAAAUCUUUAUACCAUUUUUUGCUUCACUUCUAGAUCUUCCACUCAACAGAGUAGUUAUAAAGUAUAUUAAUGUAUGUCCGACAGAUUUUGGAAUGGUUAGAGAGGCACCAGAAUUCAAACAUGCUGAAUUUUAUUCUUCUCUAAAGCAGUAGUGUUUCGGAAAAUAUUUUUUUUUUUAGAAAACUGCACUUGCGUACAGAAGCAUUUUGAUGUUGUUUUUUUUCAGCGUAUUUUGAAAUGAUGGGGAAAUAAACAUGAAUAAGUUUG